ACAGAAUAAAAUUGUCACUUCCGCAAACUCCCUCUGGUAUUUGUUCCUAAACCCCAGCACCGUUUGAGGGCAACUUGCACUCGUAGCUCAAAGCAAAGCAGACACGUUGCGUUUCGUUCGCCUCGCUGUUGAACGCGUUGCGUUUCGUUCCCCCCACCAUUCGCCAGAGUACUCGCUUCUUGUGUCCUUGGAGGGGCGUUUGUCUCUUUCAAUUCUCUCUGAAGGAAUUAGUGUCUCACUGAGGAGACCCCCGGGUCCACUAUAUCGUCUGGCUGUGCUCCGCAGAAAGAGGCGGACUGAGAAAUCUUUGCGGCGACUGUCGACAUCACUGGCAUGCGCUCUCCCUGUUCUGGCGGAAAGAGCUUAUUCGAGGCGUUGUCUCUUGUGUUUUGUUGGCGUCCUCGCGUUUGGCCGCGUGUUCUCCAGUCCGACGCUUCGCAGAGCCGACACCAGUUUCUAAAUUCGUACAGACUACCCGGCACGAGUCCUCAUUUCAGACCUGUCUCCACCAUGGCUCCUCCCGCGGGCGACGUCGCAACUGAGGCACCUGAGAAGAGACAGGCGAAUGUGAAUGGAGAUGAACCGAAGAUCUCUGCCUCGGAGAGAAGACGCCUGCGCAAGGCAGAGCAAGCUGCUGCGAAGAAGGACUCGAAGCAGCAACAGCAAGAAGGCAACAGCUCUCCGGCAGUCAACAACAAGGCCCAGAAGCCUGAGGAAGAGCUGGACCCGACUCAAUACUUCGAGAAACGGUGCCAUCUUGUGCAGGACCUCCAGCGAAAGGGUGUUCCCGCGUACCCCCACAAGUUCCAGGUGACCCUGACGAUUCCAGAAUUCAUCAAGAUGUACGGUGGUCUUGGCGACGGCGAGCACCUUGAAAAUGAGGAAGUUCAGAUUGCGGGCCGUAUCUCGCGUGUCUCGGCUAGCGGACAGAAGCUGCGCUUUUACGACAUCCGUGGUGACGGGGAAAAGAUCCAGGUCAUGUCGAAUUUCAGUUAUCACGAUGAGAAAGCAGGGGACUUCUCAGAGGUCCACAACCGAUUCCGAAGAGGAGAUGUUAUUGGAAUUCGCGGCUUCCCCGGCAAGUCGAAACGCGGCGAGCUGUCAAUCUUCCCCCGUGAAGUGACCCUGCUGAGUCCUUGCCUCCACAUGCUGCCGGAGCGCAACUCUCUGAAGGAUUUCGAAGUCCGCUUCCGUCACCGGUACCUCGAUCUUAUGGUCAACGACGAAACCCGCAAAACGUUCCUGAUCCGGUCCCGGAUUGUCAACUACUUGCGCCGCUUUUUGGAAGACCGUGGUUUCGUAGAGGUCGAGACUCCGAUGAUGAACGUUAUCGCCGGUGGCGCAGCAGCACGACCUUUCAAGACGCACCACAACGACUUAGAUAUGGACCUGUACAUGCGUAUUGCCCCGGAAUUGUUCUUGAAGAUGCUCAUUGUGGGCGGCAUGGACCGUGUAUUUGAAAUUGGCAAGAACUUUCGAAAUGAAGGGAUCGACAUGACGCAUAACCCAGAAUUCACCGCUUGCGAGUUCUACUGGGCCUACGCUGACUACAACGACCUCAUGAAUUUCACCGAGGAACUGGUGUCGUCUAUGGUAAUGGCGCUCCAUGGGACCUACCAGAUUCAGUUUCACCCAGAUGGCCCAGGCAGCGAGCCUGUAACUCUCGAUUUCACUCCCCCGUUUGCGCGUCUGUCUAUGGUAGAGGAGAUUGAGAAGCAGGCGGGAGUGACGCUGCCGCGACCACUGGAUGGGGAUGAAUGCAUCGCCUUCAUGAAAGAACUGCUGAUCAAGAACAAGGUGGAUCUCCCCCAGCCUGCCACGAGUGCGAAGCUGCUCGAUGCUCUCUGCGGAGAGUAUGUGGAGUGUCAAGCGCGGACAAAACCAGUGUUCAUCACAGAGCACCCGCAGAUCAUGUCCCCGCUGGCCAAAUGGCAUCGGUCAAAGCCCGAGCUGACAGAACGCUUCGAGCUGUUCCUAAUGGGGAAGGAACUCUGCAAUGCUUAUACCGAACUGAACGAUCCAGUCAGGCAGCGUGAAUGUUUUAUGGACCAAGCAAAGGCGAAGGCAGCUGGCGAUGACGAGGCCACUUGCAUUGAUGAAGUCUUCUGCACCGCGCUGGAGUACGGCCUGCCUCCCACUGGUGGCUGGGGUAUUGGUAUCGACCGGCUGACAAUGUUCCUGUCGGAUCACAAUACCAUCAAAGAGGUCAUCCUGUUCCCUGCAAUGAGACCCCAGCCAUUGGUCGGGAUACCAGGAAAACACGGAUCUGACGCUGGAGCCCCCGGCGAGGCGUCUGCUCCGGCACAGUAACUUUACGGCCGGUGACGCAACGCAUGACGUGCACAUCAGACCGCAGAGCAGCAAAGGAGACGUGGAGAGUCAAGCGGAUUUAAUCAAGUGAUUACUCAGUGAAAUCGCUGCUCUGGUGGCGCGAUGCUGGCAAGAAUCCGAUACCGUAUCCUGGGGGUUAUGCGGAGCGGGUUGACUGAAAGGGCAUAGUGAAGUGUGUGAGCGUCUCCUGAGGGGAGAUACACUCUUUGAAAAGGGCGUUCUGGAAGCAUUACAGGUUUUGGCUGGGUAGGCCGCUUCGCAGGCACCACGUUAGACUGUGUCGUCGGCACGAGCACAAUAGAGGCUUCCACCUAGCGUUUUGUUCAGCGGUGCUUGACACGGGCUUAUGUUACUGGGGUAGAGAACCUCAGCAGGCGUAUUUUGAUAGCAUUUCGUUCGAAGGGGCUACAUCAGCAUUUGAUGGAUUCCCCCUACCAUAUGUGACUAAGCGC